UGUUCACGCUGUGUCUCUCUGUCUCUCAAAACAUAAAUAAAAGACAUAAAAAAAUUUUUUUGAAGCAGACAUUCCAGCAGGGGAAUAAGACAAAAUACAAUAAACCAUGGAAAAUCAAUGAUAUGAUGUGUUAGCAAGUAAAAACUUAGGACAAAGAAAAGUAGCAGGUACAGGGGCUUAGGAGUACCAAAUCCACGGUGGGAGGUUUAAAAUAAGGUUGGGGAAGGCCUCCAGAGGGUAAUGUGUGAGCUGAGAUAUAAAGGGGGCAAUGGGAGGGGCCAUGUGAAUAUCUAGGAAAAGAGCUUCCAGGCAGAGCGAACAGUAAGUCCAAAGGCCCUGGGGCGGAGACUGCAUGGGAGUAUUCAAGUCAGAGCAAGGAGACCAAGGUGGCUAGAGACUAGUCAGGGAGGCAAUGGGAGGCCAGAUCCCAUAGGACCUUUUUGGCCAUUAUGUGGACUGUGCCUUUGAUUCCAGAAAGGGUUAAGGAGGAGUCUGAGUAGAGGAAGGACCUAAUGUGACUUAGGGGCUGAAUGUGAAUAGGCUGUGGGGUUAUGAGAGCAGAAGCAGGGCAACUCAUGAGUUGGUGGCAACUGCACUGGUCUAGGCAAGAGAUGAUGGCAGCUCGGGCCAGGCUGGUGAAUGUGGCACUAGUGGGCAAUGGGCAGAUUCUGAAGGUGGAGCCAACAGGAUUUGCUGAGGGGCCCAAGUCCCCUGUGGCUUUGGGCCUGAGCAAUCUUAUGAUCUGCUGGGUCAGAGGGAGUGUGGGAAGAUCUGCCCAGCUGGCACAGCUGUGAGGUGGGGUGAUGCUCAGACGGGGCCCCAGACACACUAGGAAUGCAGAUCAGGAGGCCCUGCUCCUGGAGGAAGUGGCUGGCUGUGGUGCAGGCAGGUGUAGCCUGACUGGGGCCAAUGCUGCCGCACUCCCUGGUAUGUCAGGCCCUGCAGAGCUCUGGGGACAGGGCUGCAGUGGCAGCAAAGGGCAGAUGUGGGAACCACUGGCCCGAGAGAGAGCUCCCUUUGGGGCAGGGGCCGAGGGGCUGAGGUGUGAGGGUGAGAGUCCUCUUGGGACAAGGGGCCCUGACACGGGUGUCAGCACGCCCAGCCCACAUCCGGCACUGCCCUCAAUUCUAUUUCUCACUGGCCUGAGCCUGGGCUCUGGGCCUCCGCCUUUCCCUGAUAACAGGCGUGAGACCCUCUGCGGUGGCAGAUUGUUGGGAUAGGGUUGGGGGCAGUGGGGGAGUGGAAAGAGGAAGGAGGGAAGGGGCUGUCUACAUCUGCCUAUGCAAAUGGCCUCUGACUCACCACACUGCCACCCCCCUCACUGCGGGCAGGGUGGGGGUGAGGGAGGGGGCUACUGUGUUAUUUCUAAAUUCUCACUUCCUCUGUUCUCUGAGCUAACGCUGUGGGAAGGGGCUGUGAGCUCCAGGCAUUCUUCCCUGCAGUCGCUGCCCAGUCUGCCAUCCAGACCCUCUGGAGAAGCCCUUCUCCCUGUCAUGGGCCCCUGCGGUGGUGCCCUGCACCCCCUGUCUCUCCUGGUACAGGCCGCCGUGGUGGCUGUGGCGCUGGCCCAGGGCGCCCUGCCUGCCUUCCUGCCCUGUGAGCUCCAGCGCCACGGCCUGGUGAAUUGCAAUUGGCUGUUCCUCAAGUCUGUGCCUCGCUUCUCGGCGGCAGCCCCCCGCGGUAACGUCACCAGCCUUUCCCUGUACUCCAACCGCAUCCACCACCUCCACGACUCCGACUUUGUCCACCUGUCCAACCUGCGGAGUCUCAACCUCAAAUGGAACUGCCCGCCUGCCAGCCUCAGCCCCAUGCACUUCCCCUGUCACAUGACCAUCGAGCCCCAUACCUUCCUGGCCGUGCCUACCCUGGAGGAGCUGAACCUGAGCUACAACAGCAUCACAACCGUCCCCGCCCUGCCCAGUUCCCUCAUGUCCCUGUCCCUGAGCCGCACCAACAUCCUGGUGCUGGACCCUGCCAACUUCGCAGGCCUGCAUGCCCUGCGCUUCCUGUUCUUGGAUGGCAACUGCUACUACAAGAACCCUUGCCCGCAGGCCCUGCAGGUGGCCCCGGGCGCCCUCCUUGGCCUGGGCAACCUUACGCACCUGUCGCUCAAGUACAACAACCUCACCAUGGUGCCCCGCGGCCUGCCCCCCAGCCUGGAGUACCUCCUGCUGUCCUACAACCACAUCAUCACCCUGGCACCUGAGGACCUGGCCAACCUGACCGCCUUGCGUGUGCUUGAUGUGGGUGGGAACUGCCGCCGCUGUGACCACGCCCGCAACCCCUGUAUGGAGUGCCCCAAGAAAUCCCCAAACCUGCACUCUGACACCUUCAGCCACCUGAGCCACCUCGAAGGCCUGGUGUUGAAGGACAACUCUCUCCACACAUUGAAUCCCAGCUGGUUCCAUGGCCUGGGCAACCUCAGGGUGCUGGACCUGAGCGAGAACUUCCUAUACGACUGCAUCACCAAAACCACAGCCUUCCAGGGCCUGGCCCAGUUACGCAGACUCAACCUGUCCUUCAAUUACCACAAGAAGGUGUCCUUCGCCCACCUGCAUCUGGCGCCCUCCUUCAGGAGCCUGCUCUCACUGCAACAGCUGGACAUGCACGGCAUCUUCUUCCGGUCCCUCAGUGAGACCACGCUCCAGUCGCUGGUCCACCUGCCCAUGCUCCAGCGUCUGCACCUGCAGAUGAACUUCAUCAACCAGGCCCAGCUCAGCAUCUUCGGGGCCUUCCCUGGCCUGCAAUACGUGGACCUGUCAGACAACCGCAUAAGUGGAGCCACGGAGCUGGUGGCUGCCACAGGGGAGGCGGAUGGUGGGGAGAGAGUCUGGCUGCCAUCCAGGGACCUCGCUCCGGGCCCACUGGACACCCUGAGAACCAAGGGCUUCAUGCCAAGCUGCAAGACCCUCAACUUCACCUUGGACCUGUCACGGAACAACCUAGUGAUGAUCCAGCAAGAGAUGUUUGCCCGGCUCUCGCGCCUCCAGUGCCUGCUCCUGAGCCGCAACAGCAUCUCGCAGGCGGUCAAUGGCUCACAGUUUGUGCCGCUGACCAGCCUACGGGUGCUGGACCUGUCCCACAACAAGCUGGACCUGUACCACGGGCGCUCCUUCACGGAGCUGCCACGGCUGGAGGCCCUGGACCUCAGCUACAACAGCCAGCCGUUCAGCAUGCAGGGCGUGGGCCACAACCUCAGCUUUGUGGCGCAGCUGCCGACCUUGCGCUACCUCAGCCUGGCGCACAACGACAUCCACAGCCGCGUGUCCCAGCAGCUCUGCAGCGCCUCGCUGUGGGCCUUGGACUUCAGCGGCAAUGCCCUGAGCCGGAUGUGGGCUGAGGGAGACCUGUAUCUGCAUUUCUUCCGAGGCCUGAGGAGACUGGUCCAGUUGGACCUGUCCCAGAACCGCCUGCAUACCCUCUUGCCACGCACCCUGGACAACCUCCCCAAGAGCCUGCGGCUGCUGCGUCUCCGUGACAAUUACCUGGCUUUCUUCAACUGGAGCAGCCUGGUCUUCCUCCCCAGGCUGGAAGCCCUGGACCUGGCGGGAAACCAACUGAAGGCCCUGAGCAACGGCAGCUUGCCUAACGGGACCCAGCUCCAGAGGCUGGACCUCAGCAGCAACAGCAUCAGCUUCGUGGCCUCCAGCUUUUUUGCUCUCGCCACAAGGCUUCGAGAGCUCAACCUCAGUGCCAACGCCCUCAAGACGGUGGAGCCCUCCUGGUUCGGUUCUCUAGCGGGUGCCCUGAAAGUCCUAGAUGUGACCGGCAACCCCCUGCACUGUGCCUGCGGGGCGACCUUCGUGGACUUCUUGCUGGAGGUGCAGGCUGCGGUGCCCGGCCUGCCCAGCCACGUCAAGUGCGGCAGUCCAGGGCAGCUCCAGGGACGCAGCAUCUUUGCGCAGGACCUACGCCUCUGCCUGGAUGAGGCCCUCUCCUGGGACUGCUUUGGCCUCACGCUGCUGACCGUGGCCCUGGGCCUCGCUGUGCCCAUGCUCCACCACCUCUGCGGCUGGGACCUCUGGUACUGCUUCCACCUGGCCCUGGCCUGGCUGCCCCGGUGGGGGCGGCGGCAGGCUGCGGAUGCCCUGCUCUACGAUGCCUUCGUGGUUUUCGACAAGACCCAGAGCGCGGUGGCCGACUGGGUGUACAAUGAGCUGCGGGUACGGCUAGAGGAGCGCCGCGGGCGCCGGGCGCUCCGCCUGUGCCUGGAGGAGCGUGACUGGCUACCUGGUAAAACGCUCUUUGAGAACCUGUGGGCCUCAGUUUAUAGCAGCCGCAAGACGCUGUUUGUGCUGGCCCACACAGACAGGGUCAGCGGCCUCUUGCGUGCCAGCUUCCUGCUGGCCCAGCAGCGCCUGCUGGAGGACCGCAAGGACGUCGUGGUGCUGGUGAUCCUGCGCCCCAACACCCACCGCUCCCGCUAUGUGCGGCUGCGCCAGCGCCUCUGCCGCCAGAGUGUCCUCUUCUGGCCCCACCAGCCCAGUGGCCAGCGCAGCUUCUGGGCCCAGCUGGGCACCGCCCUGACCAGGGACAACCACCACUUCUAUAACCGGAACUUCUGCCAGGGCCCCACGACGGCAGAGUGACAGCCCAGCACCCCAACCCCCGACGCCCGCCUUGCCUGUCUGCCUUCACCUGCUGGCCCUGCAACACCACUGCUCUGCCGCCCCCAUUCCCACCCCUGGCAUAUAGCUGGUGCUCAAUAAAUGCUACUGGUAGGCUGAA